AUGUCGACCCUCGCAGACGAGCUGCUGCAGGACUUUGAGGAUUCCGGUUCCGAGAAUGGAGAGGAGCAAAAUGAUAUUGGACUUGACCUCGAAGGCCCAGCUGUCGGUCCUCCGGCGAGCCACGAGGACGGCGACAUGAUGCUUGAUGGUGAUGAAGAAGCAGAACCUGAUGAGGAUGAAGAAAUGAGUGGCAUGAAUGGUGGUGUUACCGAGCCCAUGGAGGAUGAAGAAGCAACUAAGGCUAAGGUAGAGAAGAUGCAGUUGGGCGGAGUCAAGGACAUUCGCAAAGUUACCACCGUUAUGGAUAGGUUGGAACCUCUCCUAAAGGAUAUCGCACAUUACCAAUCAAAACCUCUUGCGCCGCACACGACCAAUAUAGGUAACAUUGAGGAUAACCCUGAGUACAAGAUCCUCACUGAAUCCAACACUCUCUCCACCCAGAUCGAUGGCGAGAUUAUGAAGGUCCACAAGUUUAUCAGAGACCACUACUCCGCUCGGUUCCCCGAACUUGAAACUCUCGUACAAAAUGCUAUCGAGUACGCCAAGGUCGUCGCCAUUCUUGGAAAUGGGCCUAUGGAUUCGGACAGCAUAAAAGCUCUUCAAGGCUCUACUGAUAACCCUCUGGGCGAGUCUCUCAAGUCAGUUUUGGACGGCCCAUCAUUGAUGAUUGUCACUGUCGAAGCCACAACGACCAAAGGCCACGAAAUAAGCCAGGAGGAGCUUGAGCGCAUUCUUAGGGCCUGUCAUAUGAUGAUCAAGAUGGAUAAAGCUAAGAAGACACUUACAGACUACGUGCAGUCUCGAAUGAACAUAUUUGCGCCCAACCUAACGACACUGGUUGGAUCCUUGACUGCUGCGCAACUGAUCAACAACGCCGGAGGUCUAACGAAUCUAUCUCGAACACCCGCAUGCAACCUGGCCGCUUGGGGGUCCAAAAGGUCAGGGAACACAGCAUUCGCUACUAACGUAGGUGUUAAACAGCAAGGCUACCUGUAUCAUUCACCAAUCAUUCGUGGUAUUCCAAACGAUCUGAAAAAGAAGGCUAUGAAGGCAGUAGCAGCGAAGCUUGUCUUGGCUGCACGCGCAGACACGGGCCACACAAACCCCGAUGGCUCAUACGGUGAAGAGUUAAGAAGCCAAUGCUUGGAGAGAUUGGAUAAGUUAACGGAACCACCUCCAAACAAAGGUCAGCGAGCUCUACCGGCCCCUGACGACAAGCCCUCGAGGAAGCGAGGUGGUCGACGAGCGCGCAAGGCGAAGGAGGCAACGGCGAUGACCGAGCUGCGCAAGGCACAGAACCGCAUGGUAUUCGGUAAAGAGGAGAAAGAAACCGACUACGGUAUAGGAGAUUCUACUGCGGGCAUGGGAAUGAUUGGCCAAACGAACGAUGGGAGAAUCCGGGGAAUGCAGAUUGAUAAUCGGACCCGAGCCAAGCUUAGCCAAAAGCACAAGGGCUGGGGAGGAGCUACGCCUAUCGGUGGUUCAGCUUCAUCGUUACGUGGCUUCGGCCAAUCAGGCAAUAACAUCGACCUUCGCGGUAAGGGUCUACGAACUUCCGGGGUAGGAUCCACCAUCGGCGGCGGUGCGGGGACAGCCUCUUCUCUAGCAUUCACGCCGGUUCAGGGACUAGAGCUUGUGGAUCCCAAGGUUCAAGCUGAGCUUAAUCGCAAGAGAAAGGCGGAAGAGGAUCGUUGGUUCAAGGGCGGCACCUUCACCCAGGUUGCCGGAGGCGGGACUGCUAGUAGUGCCAAUGGCGGCUUCAAGGUUCCUGGACAACCGCCUAGCAAGAAAGUCGAUACCGGCGCUGGAAAGAUGGGACCGCCAUCGGUUCCCGCUAGGAAAUAA